AUGGCAUCGUCCAGUGAAAAUGAUGAAAAUAGUUCAACAGAUGAUAAUGAAGAUAUCAUUUUUUACGAUGCUAAUAGUAGUUGGACUAAUAAUGAAAUAAUCACAUCUCUUCCACAAGAUCCUCGUUGGGCACUAUUAUCAAAAAAUGAUUCAUUAAAAAAACCUGAACAUUUUUGUACAAUUUCAUUAACUGAAACUCAAUUAAAUGAUAUUGCACGACGUGACAAACUUCAACGGUUACGUGCUCAAGAAGAUUACAUCAAUCAAAAUAAUCAAAAUCAAAUAACUACAGUACUUCCAUCACCAAUUGAGCCAAACUCUAUAGUAUCAUCAAUAACAUUAUCACCUAGUCAAUCAAAUCAAAUCGAAGAACAACAAUCAAUUAAUGAUGAUAAAUCAAUAGCACCUGAUCUUCUUAUAGAUCACAUUGAUAAUGAACAUACUCGUCGACAAAAAAUGGUUUGA